CUUGGAACAUCACAAUAAGAAUUUAACACUUAUACAAAAUUCUGAGAUAAGUUGUAAAGACUCAGAGAAAAGUUAUGGCAAAGAAGGAGAUGAAAUCUACCGGAGUGACAAUUAUGAUCAUGAUUAUGUUGGGCUAUGCACAAGCUAAUUAUAAUUCUCCAUUUGUGAAAAUUGAGCCUAACAACACAACGGAUAAACUUACAUGUCCUGCACAGUGUGGUAUAGAUUGCUUCAUUGCUAACAUUGCAUAUCCAAUAUGUUUUGCUAUUUGCGUAGCAAAAUGUCCUAAAAAGCCACCCCUAAGUGUCUACAAUUGUAUGAUUGGUUGUGGCAAGUACAAAUCCACCGACGCUAACAUAGAUGCUCGUGAUCUUUCGGCGGUAAAUGCUUGUUUGCAAGAGUGUGAAAAAAGUGACAAUUUGUUAUAAGAAUGUUAAAAAAUGAAGGUGUUAGCAGAAAUAAUACUCAUGUAUAAUUGUAAUAAACAAAUAUUAAUCAAUGAGUAACACCUGUUUUUUAUUUUUCAUAAA